UUUUCUUUUUUUUUUCUUCUUCUUCUUUUCUUUAUUAUGUUACAAUUUGUUUCAGCUUUAUUUGCAACAGGCUAUAUAGUAUCUGUGAUUAUCUUUGCUUUUUUUACAUUAUGUGCGUUUGAUAAACCUUUUACUCGAGAAUUAUUUGCAAAUCGACUACGAAGAUAUUUGUUCAUGGUUGAAGUCAUGUCUUCAGGUGUAACUGAAUCUUGUCUUCAUCUCAUUUUGAUUAAAUUGACUUUAAUAAAGCUUGUUAAUUACUUUGAUGGCUUUCGAUAUAGUUUCUCUAAACUGGCUUAUAUUGUUGAUAUCAUCAAUAUGCUAUCUCUUUUGGUUUUCUUUUAUGAAAUGUUAACUGAAAAGGCAAUUGCAGAUACAACAAUUCAAUCUAUUGAUAAUAAACGAGGACCGAUUGACAGUAUUGUUUGUACGGCUGAUAUGAAGAAGCUUAUAAAUCCUGUUUGGACACCUGACGAUAUUAAAGUUCAUCCAAAUAUUACUUAUGCUACAAAUGAAGAGAUUAGAGAAGCUUUAGUGACAACCAAUCAUGAUUUUAAUCAACCUCGUAAAAUGAUGUUAGAUAUUUACACACAUAAAAAUAAUACCACAGCUGGAUUAAAGCCUGUUUUAAUUCAUAUUCAUGGAGGUGCUUGGAUGAUGGGAUCAAAGAAUAUUUUCUAUCCAUAUGAAAAGUUAUUAGUUAAAGAGAAUGAUUGGGUCAUUGUCAAUAUUGGUUAUCGGUUAGCUCCUAAGAAUGCAUAUCCUACUCACUUGAAAGAUGUUAAACGUGCUAUUCGUUGGAUUAAACAAAAUAUUGUCUCAUUUGGUGGUGACCCUGAAUUCAUUGUUUUAGCUGGUGACUCUGCAGGAGCUCAUUUAGCUGCUAUGGCUUCUAUGACAGCUAAUGAUCCUCAAUAUCAACCUGGAUUUGAAAGUGUCGAUACCUCUGUACGUGGCGUGAUUAGUUUAAGUGGUGCACUUGAUAUGGCAACAAAUGCUCAUCAUGCCAUCUUCUUUUGUAAAAAAGUCGCUCAAUUGAGUAAACUUGACUCGGUCUUCUUGACUGAGCAUUCCCCUGCCGCUAUGAUUCAGGUCACAAAGGAUAAAGAUAAAUUAGUCCCUUUUUUACUUAUUUCAGGUGAACGAGAUGGAUUAACAGAAAGUAAAAUGUCAAAGCUAUUUAAAAGCUCAUACGAUGACGCAGUGGGACCUGAAAACAAUGAUUGCACACUUGUAUUAUUACCCGGUGGACAUCAUGUUUCAUAUGUUGGUUGGUCACCUCGGUCACUUUAUGUUGCUAGAGUGAUCCAAUCAUGGUGUACUCAGUUAUAUAUUAAAAAUUAUAAAAAAUAAAGACUUUUAUUUCUUUUUGGAUCUUAAUGUCUGACCUGCACCUUUAAAUACUGCUGUUGUUGCUGUUGCUGCUGUUGUUGU